UGGCUCACAGGGCGGGGCUUCGUUGCCAUGGUGACCGGGGACGCCGCGCCGUUGCCCAGCCGCUCACUCACCAUUUAUCAGCGCGUUUCUUCAAUGACUUGCCAUUUCUCCUGAGCGUAUGAAUUAUUAAUAAGCAAAGUGAAGUCCUGCUGAGGUACCCUCGGGGCUGCUGAACCUUCCUGGGGCAAUGCCUUUCCUGAAGAGAGUCGUUAAAGAAGCCCCCCCCACUGUGGUGCGGGGCAGGAAGGUGCAGAGAUGUGGACAGAGACACACGGUGUACUGGGUCAACGGGGAUCAGUACAGGGGCGAGUGGCUCCACGACAAGAAGCACGGAAAGGGCACCAACGUUUGGAAAAAGAAUGGGACCGUUUACGACGGAGACUGGCUGCACGGCAAGAGGGACGGUUUCGGCACGAUGUGCAAGAUGGACCCGGAGUCUAAAGAGCACACCAGGGUUUAUAUAGGAGGAUGGAAAAAUGACAUGAAGCAUGGGUCCGGCGCGUUUUUCUACAGCGACUCGGCCUACUACGAGGGGGAGUGGCACGAGAACCAGCGCAGCGGCUGGGGCAGGAUGUACUACGACAACGGAGACAUGUACGAAGGACAGUGGCUCCACGACGCCCCCCACGGACAGGGAAUGCUGCUGCUGGCCAACAAGAACAGGUACGAAGGCGGCUGGAAAGAGGGCAAGAAGCACGGCCCCGGAAAGUUCUACUUCCUGGAUAAAGGUCAGCUGUACGAGGGCGUGUGGAUGAAGGGCGUCGCCAAGUGCGGAGCGGUGACUGACUUCAGAAGAGAGGAGGCCCCCAGCCCCACGAUGUACCCCCUUCCCAAGGUGCACCUGCAAAGUCCAGAGCUGGUUCUGCAGGAAGCCCAGGCGACGGCGUCCGCGGAGUAGGACGCAAACGACACGUCUCGGCGACGGCAGGAGCCCACGGGACGGGCGACGCACUGGGAUGAACUCGAGGCCUUUUGCGUGCAGUUUGUUGCGGAAAAAAAUAAUAUGCAAUAUCCAUACCCGACACCACGGCCACAGACACGAGCUCUGUGGAUCAGCACUCCUGGUUUCAUUGCAUGAUAUUUUUUGAACAGACGGGAUUUGUAUACACUUUAUAGUGAAUUUUGGUACAUAUUUUCAAACGCACAGCAUUUUUUGCAUAAAAGCAUCUGCCAAACGCAGAAAUGUAAAAGUGUUCUUCAGGGUGCUAAAAUGCAGGUUGUCCUCUGUAUUACGGCAACAUGUUUCUAGGAUGUAGUGGCGCCACUGUGAUUCUUAAGGUGAUUCCUCUGAGCACUAAACACACACACACAUUAGCUGAAGCCACUUGUCCCAAGUGGGGUCGGGGUGACCUGGAC